AUGACUAGGCCUGGGGGAGGCCUAUGUUCAGCAAAGGACAGGACAGGACAGGACCAGGACAGGACCAGGACAGGACCAGGACAGGACCAGGACAGGACCAGGACAGGACCUGGACAGGACCUGGACAGGACCAGGACAGGACCUGGACAGGACCUGGACAGGACCUGGACAGGACCUGGACGGGACCAGGACGGGACCAGGACGGGACCAGGACGGGACCAGGACGGGACCAGGGCGGGACCGGGACGGGACCAGGACGGGACCAGGACGGGACCGGGACGGGACCGGGACGGCACCAGGACGGGACCAGGACGGGACCAGGACCAGGACGGGACCGGAACCAGGACGGGACCAGGACUGGACCAGCACGGGACCAGGACGGGACCAGGACGGGACCAGAACGGGACCAGGACGGGAACGGGACGGCACCAGGACGGGACUGGUCGGGACGGGACGGGACGGGACGGGUCGGGACCGGACGGGACGGGACGGGACGGGACGGGACGGGACGGGACUAGAUACUGA